AAUUUUACGCGAGAGUUUAAAUUUUCCUUCAUCUUUUCCUGAAAACUCUUAUACGAGAAAAUGUUCAUGUUUCCAGAGCCACCACCUGCCGAUCAUUACAUAACUGACGUUUCGCCAACAUUUCUAUCCGAUGGAAUAUUUUAUCAUGGAGAACCGGCUUCCUGCCAUAAAUGCGUGGCUAAACAGCUCAGGCCAAUCAAAAGGACAGUGUCGGACCCUCUAGCGCCUAUGAAGGAACUGGAUUCGAACACUUUGAACCGAUGGCUCGAGAAAGAGAAAGAAAUGUACGUGGACUGUCCGACAAAGGACGACGGAGUCGUUUUCCAAACUCUCAGUAACAUGCCAAAAUGGAAAUCCGAGUAUCAACAGAAACAAAAAUCUGUGUUCUCGAUGUUCCCGCGAUCGAGACAGUACGAAUUGUGGCACGUUCGUGAAAGACGACUGAAAGAUCUUGAGAAACAGAAAGCACCUGUCGUACCACGCGUAGAAAAAGAAGAAAGGCUCGAGACGGAUGACGAGCCGUGUGGUCUAUUAAAACCACCAUUUUGGUGGAGAGACAAGUCCAGAAAACCGAGUGAGCUUCCAGUUGGAAAUAUAAAUGACUACGUGUACGAGAAGUUGAAGUUCAAUCAUGAAGAGAAGCUCGAUAUCGAUCAUUCGAGUAACUACAUACCAGACGUAAUUCGUCGAACGCAGAAUCCAGAAGACACGAGUAUAAAAGACGCUCUCGAUCAUGCAAAUACUUUUGAAGUCGUUCAAAAAAGGAACGAAACUUUGCCAGUUGAAUCACUUGUCGAUGCAAAUGUUUGCCAUUCUAGAAAACGUACGCCAGCAAUGGAUUGUUGUAAAUUGGAGGAUGUCGAAGCUGAUGACGACAGACGAUGGCAGCCCCUUCACGAAUAUUUUGAAUUUCCGAAAACGAAAUCUGAAAGAGAACACAUGCUACGAGAAUUAACCAGGCCUUUUUUACACGACAUGCAUACGUGGUAUACAAAGAACAAGCCAACAAAGUUGAUCAUCCCUCUUAAACAUUCUGGAAAACGACCAAUGCCCGAGUGGCGCUUCUCUCAUUUGUAAAUUGAUUUAAAUUAAUAAAACUAUAUCGAUGAAAAUUCUUGAAAACUCUUAAUCCAAGCUAAGUACAUGACGUUUACAUGGAAAAUAAACGAAUCACUGUAGAAUGAUCUUACACAAUAUAAUCGAUUGAUACAGUAAAUCAAUAAUAAUGUUACGAAACGCGUUGCACAAUUAUGUCACAAUUUUAAGUUAUAAACAUCGAUAGUUAACAGCAAGAA